AUGACUGAAGCUGAGAAGGCAAUGCUGGCCUCAAAAAAGCGUCAGGAUGAGGAGCAGCAAAAGUUGCUGCAAGAAUAUGAUGAGAAUCGGCGCUUAGAAAGGGAAAAGGAGGAAGAAGAACUCAGGAAAUUGAAGGAGAAGCAGGAAAAGCGUAAACUCGAGAGAGAACAAGAGGAAAGAGCUGAGGCCGAACGACGAAAGCAAGAAGAAGAACGCCGCAAGAAAGAAGAUGAAGAACGAAGGGCGAGGCAGGAGGAGGAAAAACGUAAAAGGGAAGAGGAGAAGUUGAAGAAACAGCAAAAGAAAGCACAGAUGUUCCCAGCUCUAGCUAUGGGUAGUGGUCGAAACUUCAUCAUUCCUAAGAAGUCAAGCAAAGAUGAUAAGUUUGGUAACAUCGUUCAAGCGAAGCAGGAAAUGGGUAUGACCAAAGAACAGCAGGAAGAAGCAAGAAGGAAUUUCAUCAGUGGAGUUGAAAAAAGUAUUCCGGCCUCCUCGGAGGUUUCAGCAGACGACCUCAAAGCAAAAAUCAAGGAACUACAUCAACGAAUUUGUAAGCUUGAAGCGGAUAAGUAUGAUAUGGAAAGACGCCAUGAACGUCAGGAAUACGAUGUGAGUUUCAAACUCGAGGUGGUUCACACGCGAUACAAAUUAUCAAAUUGAUA